ACUCCACCAUGAGUACUACGGCACACAAAAGCACACACGCAUAUACUGAAAGGCCGGUUCUUCAUCCAUCGGAGGAACGUGUGAAGUAAAGAGGCAGAGAAAAGAAGAACAUUUGACGACGACGGAAUCGACUUCGAAAGGUCUCAUGAUGGAACAAGAGCAGAGAACACAAUUUCUGGACCCCAUCCAUGCGUUUCGAUUUCAUCAGCCGUUAGCCAGAGACCAGCCUGCGGUCCUUCACGCCACACUGGUUAUACAAGAGCCAUGCUUCUCAAGUCUUGCCAGUUGGGACGCAGAUUUUUUGAGCACCUGCACCCAGGCCUAUUUAUCUUAGCUCUUCAUUAUUGCUUUGAGAUCUGUGCAACACAAUUAAAAUUUUACAUGUAAAAUUUUUUUUUUGUUUCUCUCAUAUAGAACAUGUCUUGAAUCUAAAACUUUGCAGCACAAUAAAGCUUGCCAACUAGAACGUGAGAUAAAACUUUCAUAUUUUUUGGUCCGACAUAAAUUUUUAAAAUAAGAUUUUUUAACCAAAAAAAUCUUAAUUCGUAUAUUUAUAUUGGACGAAAAAAUCUGAAAGUUUUAUCCCAGAUUCUAGAUAGAAAUCUUUGUUGUGCUGUGGAAGUUUGAAGUUUAAAACAUGUUCUACGGGAGAGAAACCAAAAGGAAAAAUGUGCUUGCACAAAUCGCGAUGCAAAAAAUGGAUGGCUAGGAUAGACGGGCCUGGGUGCAGCUAUUCUAAAACAUAUUUUCGUUGCCAGUUGGGCACACUGCUCCUUCUGGUGGCUGUCAGCCUCGCCGCCACCGGCGGCAAAGACAGCAGUGAAGGUCAACAAUUCGCCCACUGUUAUGUUAUGCUCCAAAUUCAAGUAUAAAGAGAAAGGCUAACUUCUGACGAGCGAGCGGAGCGAGGCCCGUCGCCGGUAGGCUUGGUACGGAUCAGUAUUGACCUAGGAUCACUUGUGUCAUAUACACCUCUUGUAAGCCGCCGCACGAGAUAAGUCGACCAGUUGUAAAUCCCCGGUAUUUAUAACCUCUCCCGAUAUAGUAAAUUUGGCUGGCUGGUGUCCGUGGUUUUUUUCCCUUCGUGUUGAAGGGGUUUUCCACGUUAAAUCUUAUGUCCUCUGUUUGUUUUCGUUCUUUGUCGAGUUGAUCUGCCUAUUGUAUCUCUAACACCCACAACAGCUUCACGGGAGCGACCGUGACGCUCCAAGGCGCGGUCGUCACGUCGAACGGCCUCCUGCUGCUCACCAAAGGUACCAGCCUGAUGAAAGGCCAGGCUUUCCACCCGUCUCCUCUGCUGUUCCGCACCGAGACGAACGGCACCGGCGCCGUGCGGUUCUUCUCCACUAGUUUGGUCUUCGCCAUCUACGGGCCGUACCCGUACGAGACCCUGAAAAGCACCAAGUUCAGCUGCGCGCGUUUCCAACUUGAGCGAAAUAAAUUGAUUCUGAAUUUCUGUUUGUUCAUCGUAAAACAGGCUCACAUACACGGAUGAAAACCAAAGUGACAGCUAGUAGAAUACGCUAUCAUGCGAGACGGCGAGACGCACCAUUAAUUGGACGAUUUGAUGGCCAUAUAUAUCCUGUCGAGCACGGUGCCUAACAUUGACAUCACAAAAAUGGUCUAUCAUGCACGCGUUACACGCAGCUUGAUAAAAUAGCCACUGGUCUACUGUGUCAUGCAUGUACCUCAAGACUGAAGAACGACGACUUGAGACUUGUGGUUGUCCGGCCUGGCCGGUCGACUCACAUCUCCUAGAAAAGGAUCAUAUUCAACCACAUGUGGUGUCUAGACAGUGUGCAUUCACUCUUAGACAGCAGGGCGGAGAGCACAUUUUAUAGACACCAUCCAUAUGCAUUCCCAUUUCAGUCCAUAGGGCUACCAGAAUUCUCAUCACCCCAAGUACCUUUAGCCAAGGAUACGAGAGCCAUUUUUCGCAAAAAAAAAAAGAAGAAAGAAAAAGGAUACGAGAGCCAUGCUUCUCAAACCUUACCUCUUGAUCGCUCCGCUCGUCAUGCUCCUCAUGGCAGCCGGUCACUGCUGCCUCGCGGCCACCGGCAGCGGCGGCAGCGAUGACGGUCGGCAGUUCGCUCUCAACGGCUUCGCGGGUGCGAACCUGACGCUCGGCGGCGCGAGCAUGGUCAUGCCGAACGGCCUGCUCAUGCUGACCAACGGUGCCACCAGAAAGAUGAAGGGCCAUGCCUUCCACCCGCCCUUGCUGCUGUUCGGCUCCGGGUCAAACGGCACCGGCCCUGUGCGGUCCUUCUCGACCACCUUCGUCUUAGCCAUCUUCGGCCACGGCCAGCACGCCGACCUUAGCGUCCGCGGCCUGGCCUUUUUCAUCUCUUCGUCCUCGGAGGUGCUGUCCACUGCGUUGUCAGGCCAGCCCUUGGGCCUCAGCAAUGGCAACCAGAGCGCCAACAUCUUUGCCAUGGAGUUCGACACGCUCUAUAAUGCCCAGUUCAAUGACAUCAAGAACAAGUACGUCUGCGUCGACGGUGAUAGUCUGGUGUCCCUCAAUUCCGCCAACACCGGGUACUACGACGACGGCACCGGGCGGCUACUAAACCUAUCUGUGAUAAGCUGGAAAGCUAUUCAAGUGUGGGUGGACUACAACAGCAAGGCAAUGGUGAUCAGUAUGACCAUGGCUCCGUUGGGUGUGGUCAGGCCCAAGAGGCCCAUGCUGCAGACCACCAUCGACCUCUCUGGCGUGGUGCAGAGCACGGCAUACGUCGGCUUCUCGUCGGUGAUGCGCAAUAUCACCUCCGGACACUUCAUCCUCGGCUGGAGCUUCGCGCUGGAUGGGCCGGCCCCGGUUCUUGACAUCUCGGUGCUGCCGGCCUUGCCAUCAGCCUGGACGAAGACCAACUGGUCCAACUCACCGCCCAUUUCCAUGUCGCUGAAGCUCGUGCUGGCCUUAGCGUCGUUGACGCUGGUUUCAGUUGGCAUCGGAAUCUACGUCACUGUAAGAUGGCGUCUCAAUUGCUUCGAGGUGCAAGAGGACUGGGAGGUUUCGUUAGGCCCCAAGAGAUUCUCUUAUGAAGUCUUGUUUCACGCGACAGAGGGGUUCAAUGAGAAGAACCUGCUCGGGAGGGGAGGUUUCGGGAGUGUUUAUAAGGGCGUGAUUCACAAGCCUGAUAUAGAGGUCGCCGUGAAGAGAAUGUCACACGAUUCAAGGCAAGGGGUAAAGGAGUUCAUUGCCGAGGUGGUUAGCAUUGGUCGUCUUCGACAUCGAAAUAUCGCACAAUUAUUGGGCUACUGCAGGCGUAAAGGUGAACUUCUCCUGAUUUAUGACUACAUGAAAAAUGGUAGUCUUGACAAGUACCUACACACAAGAAAUGGCCCAACUCUAUGCUGGUCCGAGAGGUACUCAAUCAUCAAAGGUGUGGCAUCAAGUUUGUUGUAUCUACAUGAGGAAUGGGAGCAGGUCAUCAUCCAUCGAGAUAUAAAGGCAAGUAAUGUGCUCUUGGACAGCAAGAUGAAUGGGCGGUUGGGUGAUUUUGGUCUUGCAAGGAUAUAUGACCACGAAACUGCUGCUCAAACCACCCAUGUGGCUGGCACCAUGGGAUAUCUUGCGCCAGAACUCUUGCGUGCCGGGAGGCCAACACCUUUCUCUGAUGUAUAUGCAUUUGGCAUGUUUCUCCUAGAGGUCACAUGUGGACGAAGGCCAAUCUUCAUCAAUGAGCAAAACAACCGGGUAUUGUUGGUCGAGUGGGUGCUUGAGCACCACCACAACAGCUCAAUGCUCGACACAGUGGAUCCACGACUCGGAGGGGAAUUCAACAUGAAGGAGGUAACCAUCGUGCUCAAAUUGGGUUUGCUAUGCACAUACCCAUCGCCCAACGCGCGGCCUGUCAUGCGAAAGGUCAUGCAGUACCUUGACCAUGACCAAUCGCCUCCUGAUUUAUCACCGGCCUACAUAAGCUACAUCAUGAUGGCCCAAAUGCAAAAUGAAGGGUUUGAUUCACACAACAUGCCAUGUUCUCAGCCGGCAAGGAGUGUUGCCACAGUGUCGGGUGAGUCUUCAGUGACAAUUUUGCGAGAGGGAAGAUGAGGCAUGUAUGUAAUUGACCCCCCCCCCUCUCUCUCUCUUGCUUUUGCUAAUUUGAUAAAGGAGCCAAGGAGUUGUAUUAAAAAGUUUUUAAGAAGUUUUACUCAGUUA